UUUUUGCCGACGGCUAUAUAUUGGAACCACAAAAAUGUUUCUUCUUUUCAUAUUUUGCUAAUAUUUUAAAAAUUAAUAUAUAAACAAUAUAACAUAGUUAAAACAAUAAAAAAAAUUAUAAUACUUGAUAAAUACCGCGGAAUUCAACGGCGCCAAUUGAAAACUACGCUAGCGCAAUACUCUGCGCGCACGUCUGCUUGCUUAUGGGAAUCCCAAAUUAAUUGUACACAUUUUGUUUUUUUGAUAGCUUGUGUAUCCAUUUAUAUACUAUAUCCACAAAACAACUUACAAUAACAUAUCCAGGCAUAUCUAGUCAAUAAAUAUUUAAACCAAUAAAGACAAUCAGCAAGAGCAUAAAAACACCAAAAGAAUAUAUUUAAAUUUCAUUUAUGGAUCUAGUUGGGAUAACAAAUGCAAAUCAGUGCAACCAAGAGCAGCAAACUGUUAGCACAGCCGAAGAUUACAAUGAUAAUUCGUCAGAAUUGUAUUACUCCGAAGAAUCAGAAGAUGAUGAUCCAACGGGAUUUGGGCUAUAUGGUAAAAUCACAACCGCACAACUCAGAGAGGCUUUAGAGGAAUCAACAGCUAUUGCUAAAGAUGCAGUUCAACCAAACAAACUUGAAAUAUUUUUGCAUCAAAACUAUGGAGAUCAUAUAGUCAAUCUGGAGUCUACGGAAACAAUUGAAACAUCCGGCUUUCCAUAUAUUAUAAUGUUUCACAGUUUUAAUGAACAUGCCUCCGAAUUACGUUGCUACACUGAUAUGCUUUAUAAAUCCGCACUGCAAUACGGAGAUGACAUAUGCUUCGCCAUAACAGAUUUUGAUAAUUAUGAAGCCGUGCUAAAUUAUCGGCCACGCGCUGAAACCUACUGGAAGCGUUGUAAGAAGCUUGGCUUUAGUAAGUAUCGACGGCCGGAUAUUUACGCAGUAGACACAGAUAAUCACAUUUACCAAUUCGUGGGACAGCUGAAUGCCGAUAACUUAAAGCAAUUUAGUCAUCAACUAAUGAAUGAUGAGUUAUAUAAAAGUGAAACAAUACCAAAGGACGACGAAGAGGGAUUUGUGCGUAUUGGGGUAGCAAGCAAUUUUGAGCAGUUGGUCCUUAAAAGUGAUAUUGAUAUUUUCCUAGUUCUAUAUAGUAGUAAAUGCCCAUGUUCGCGAGAAUUAAUGCCAAUUCUGGAGGAAGUCGGGAAGCUUUUACAAGAUGAAGAUAUAAUAGUAGUGAAAAUUAAUGCAGAAACAAAUUAUUUACCAUUAAAAUAUUAUGCUUGGUAUUAUCCAACAAUACUCUACAUAAGACGAGACGAUAAGAAUAAUUUAAUAGAAUAUAGUGCAGCGACGCGUUCUGUCACGGACAUUAUUAACUUUAUAGCCAGACAUGCUACAGAUGAUUUACUGGAAUAUAACAGAAGCGGUAGACAUAGAUUCGAUUAAUAUUUUAUUAUUUUACAUUCUUAUUGGUUAGUAUGCUGAUUUUUGAUACUAGCCGGAAAUCGCGCAUAAUUUAUUUAUUGUGCGACAUAAUAAAUGAAACAGCUGAUGUUGAAAGAAGAAAUCAAAAGCAAGUUAAAAGUUAUAAGUGAAAAAAACUGAAAAAGCAGUGUAUACGGCCGACUUCGGCAAAAUGUAAAUUUCGUACCUAAAUAAAUAUGUAUAAAUUCGAAAUACGUAAUAAAAUCGCCAUAUAUCUCGAUCAUCGAGAAUUAAUUAAUAGUAUAUAUAACGACGAUACUAAAGAAGUAGCAGAGGUUUGGGAAUUGCGAGAGGAGCUUUUCCAUUUUCAUGAACGUGUAAAAGAUGCUGAGGACCGGUGCAGUGCAACGAAGGAACCAAAGACUGAAGUGAAGGAUGUCCAACUGGCAGGCGAACAAAUUAAUCCGAGGAAACGACGAAAAUCAAAAUACAUAAAUGCAAUCCCAGCGCUGACACAUUUAAAAACAUUGGCAGAGGAGACUUUGCAGCGCCUGAAGCAAUGUGUGCAAUUCGAAACACGUACGGAUAAUAGUUUUCCACGCUAUUGGGAAGAAAUUACUAUCGAAGAUUUUCCCACCUUUAACGGUGUUAAUAAAAACGCCACAUUUCAACGUUGUCAGUUUGGCGCGCUUUCUUACCUCAUACCACCGCAUUGUGAAUUUUUCAAUUGUAAUGUCGAAGAGUUAACAAAGUUACUACCACAACUAACGCCCAACUCAGUUGGCUACGAUUUAAUUGUGUUGGACCCACCUUGGCGAAAUAAAUACAUACGCCGCCUAAAACGUGCGCGACGAGAACUUGCUUAUAAAAUGCUUAGUACCGAGCAGCUAAGUCAAAUUCCUAUGUUGCAGCUAGUGCAUAAACGUAGCAUAGUGGCCAUAUGGUGUACAAAUUCCAGAGAUCUUCAGCGUGUUGUUGUAGAGGAUUUGUUGCCGAAAUGGAACUUGCGUUUACUACAUACAUUACACUGGUUGAAAAUUAACACUAAUGGCAAGCUAAUUGGACCCAUCGAUACAAGUGGUUUGCAGAAGCAACCCUUUGAAAUGUUAUACAUAGCAUGUCACUUGGAAACUGAACCAGAUUACGGCGCAGAUUUGCAAAAUGUAACGACGAUUUUAAGCGUGCCCAGUAUUAUACACUCACACAAGCCGCCUCUUAUACCUUGGCUAAAAGAAGUGCUUCCCGAAAAUCCCAAAUGCUUAGAGAUAUUUGCGCGUUAUUUGCAGCCCCAAUUCACAUGUAUAGGAUUAGAAGUUUUGAAACUGAUGGAUGAACGUUUAUACACUAAGCGCAAAAAUAAUGAUGCGAAUUAAAUUAAAUCAUCAAAUUUAAGUUCUUUUUCAAUUUAUUGUUAAAUGUUAAUGAAAAAGUGUAAAUUACAUAUAUGAAGGCGACGCUUAUCUUGCACAUCGUCAAAAGCGUUUGCGAUAUAGUUCAAUAGCAUACGGUAAAAUUUUAGGUUUUACUUUGUAUCAUUCACUUUUAAGAAAACUCAAAAACAAAUUUUAUAAGAAUGAAUAAAGAGAUGUUGUGUUUAACAAAAAACACAGUGCAAAUAAAAA